AUGGCCGGCUCCCCGCUCGUCCACCAGCUGCUCGCGGCCACCUCAGACUCCCUCUCAGACUCCUCCGACGGCUCCCUCGCCUCCGACCAGCCCAAGCUCACCCAGCCAGCCCCCUACCUCAGCCCCCACCCGCCCAGCUCCAGGCAGCUCAGCAGCACCACCCCCAUCAUCUCCUUCGAGCCCCCCCCUGCCCAGCACAUCCCCCCCAGCCACCCUGAGUUCGGCUUCGACCACCACAACCAGCACUUCCGCUACAUCUCCCAGUUCAGGCCGAUCCUCAACCAGCUCUCCGACAGCUUCCACUCCCUCCUCGCCUCCAAGGACCACACCUACCAGAUCGCCGCACAGGACAUCAUCACCCAGGAACCAGAGGAGCCCGGCUACUGGGUCUACCUCUCCACCUAUCUCUCCUAUCUGAUCCUCAUCUUACUCGGGUAUGGCGCUCACUCUCUUAGCCAGCUAGUGAGCAACCCGAAAACUCACCCCACCUAUCUUCUCCACAGACAUGUCCGAGACUUCUUCGGAAAACGGUUCAAGUCGGCCGCCUUCCUGCAUCUCAUGCCCCAGGACGGAUACGCGGCCCUGAACUCGGACUUCGACUCGUUCUACACCCGUCGACUGAAGGCCCGGAUGGACGACUGCUUCGGCCGGCCGGUGACCGGCGUGGCGGGCCGGACGAUCAAGCUGCUCGAGCGGGUCACCACCGACCACUGCAAGAGCUUCCAGUACACCCACCAGCUCCACCAGGCCCUCAACAUCUCCUCCUACAACUACCUCGGAUUCGCCCAGUCCCAGGGAUACGUCACCGACCGGGUCGAACGCACCCUGCACCAGGAGAGCGUCUCCGUCGGCGGCGCCCGCCAGGACGUCGGCACCCUCGCCAGACACAUCCGCUGCGAGAAGCUCAUCUCCCAGUUCCUCGGCGUCCAGGAAACGAUGCUCAUCAGCCAAGGCUUCGCCACCAACUCCACCACCUUCCCGGCCAUCGCCGCCAAGGGCACCCUGAUCAUCUCCGACGAAUUCAACCACUCCUCCAUCCGCUUCGGCUCUAGGCUCUCCGGCGGAAUGGUCCGCCAGUUCAAACACAACGACAUGCUCGACCUCGCCAAACUGCUCAGGGAAUCCAUCUCCCAGGGCCAGCCUAGAACCCACCGCCCCUGGAAGAAAAUCAUCGUCGUCGUCGAAGGCAUCUACAGCAUGGAGGGUACCAUCGUCAAUCUGCCAGCACUCUAUGCGCUCAAAGCUAUCUACAAGUUUUAUCUGUACGUCGAUGAAGCUCAUUCGAUUGGUGCGUUAGGACCUCGAGGGAGGGGAGUCUGUGACUACUUCGGCCUAGAUCCAGAAGGGAUCGACAUCAUGAUGGGCACGCUGACCAAGUCAUGUGAGUUCUGUGUCUCCGCCUCGCACACCAAGCAAGACAUCGACAAGAUCCUCGUCGCCACUGACCAGAUCGGCGACCUCCUCGGCCUCAAAAUGUCCAAGCGCAACGGCUUCUUGUCCAACAUCUCCUCUUCCAACUUUCCCAAUCACUCUGGUCAUGACGAUGACAUGAAUCAAGUCAAUGUCGACGGCUGUCAGCGCUGGGAUAUCCAGACCGUCUUGGAUAACAGUCUCGCCCUCGUUCAGGCUUGA